CUCAUCGUCCUUCACCCGGGCAUCCACACCGCGAGCCUCCGUUUUUGGCCACGUACCCGUGCAGCAGACUGCCAACAAGACGGUAUCGCACAAAAAUGGCCGAUACAGGGAAUGCCGUCAAGCCGAGCAGCAGCGUCAAGCUGGUGCUCCUCGGGGAAGCCGCCGUCGGCAAGUCAUCGCUCGUCCUUCGCUUCGUCAAUAACGACUUUCAAGAAAACAAGGAGCCGACAAUAGGAGCCGCCUUCCUGACUCAGAAAUGCAACCUGCCAACUCGGACCAUAAAGUUCGAAAUCUGGGAUACAGCAGGCCAGGAGCGGUUCGCGUCAUUAGCUCCCAUGUACUACCGCAACGCACAAGCCGCCCUGGUGGUCUACGAUCUCACGAAACCGACGUCCCUCAUCAAAGCGAAGCACUGGGUUGCCGAGCUACAGAGGCAAGCCUCCCCCGGUAUCGUGAUAGCCUUGGUCGGUAACAAGCUCGAUCUGACGAACGACGGGAUCGGAAACGGGGCCGACGGGGAUGGUGCUGGAAGCGAUGACUCGGGAGAUGCGAGAAAGAUAAGCACCGAGGAGGCUAAAACGUACGCCGAAGAAGAAGGACUGCUGUUUUUUGAGACCAGUGCCAAGACGGGUUACAACGUGACCGAAGUGUUUACGGCCAUCGCCAACGCCAUCCCAGAGACGUCUCUAAAGACUACCCGUGGGCCAGGAGCGUCGCAUGCUGCAGGUCGCACUGAGGAGCAGAGGGUCAACCUUAACGGGCCUCGAGACCCGAACGCAAAAGAAGGUUGCGCUUGCUGAUGUCUUGAAUGAUCUGACAGGCGAGCUGGAGCUUAGAUGCGUCUCGUACCUUUACAGGUUAAUCGGAGUGGUCUGGUCAAUGGGCGGGUCAUCAGGAGUAAUUAGUGUUUUCGAUUUUUCUGGGAAUAUUCAAAUAUCUUGCUGUUUCUUCCUUCCUUUGCGUCAUAUGAAGUGAUUCGUCCAAAGUAGCAUCUCUUUCAGUUGCCCCAUGUCUUUGAAAGUGGUAGCUUCUCAUACCGAACAUCCAUGAGAUUUGAAAGAGCUAAAGCAGCUACCUUCAAAGUGCAAUGGUUAUCAACUUAGAGGAUUUUGGUUCUUGUGUCUGCCUCUCGAUUGCGGGCCCCUUCAAGAACCUGCCUU